AUGCUUUCUUUCCGAGAAAUGCUGAUCGAAGAACAAUUAAAAAGGGCAUCGUCUUUUCCACUGUUUAACGGGAUAUUUACAUCCAAACGCAUAAAGCAUGCCUGGGGAGAAAUUCAGUCUCUUUCAAGUAGUGACGCGCGUAACGAAAAAUCAAAUCCGUAUAAAAAAGCACGAAUGGGUAGGAAAGUCGACAUGAAAGCGACGUUAUUAAAUACACCAAAUAAAUUCGAGGCAAUCUUUGGAGAAGUUGCAGGUGGAUUAGGACCGUUUGGAGCCCUUACAGCCUGUCGCAAGAAACGAUUCCUAGAUAAAGUGAAACUAAUGGUAGUCAUGCGCGAUAGUAUUAAUCGUCUAUUAAAAGAAUGUGAUUAUGUAUCGGACGAAAAAAGAUUGAAAAUUAUAGUUUUUGGCUGGCUUCAAUUUG